AAUUUCUCACUCUAUGUCUCUCGUAAGUUUGUCUUGCAGUGUGUUUCUCACUCACUCUACCGAUCUUUCUACACCGAGGGGUUGGGGAUGAAUUGAGUUGGAAACUAGCUGCAGUUGCAUUUCUUUUUUGAACCUGAUUGUUACGCCGGGACUACCACUCUGUGUUGAGGAAUUGAUGAUGGUGCGCAAUUGCUGGCUCCGUGGAUGAGUGACGGUGGAUUGUUGUGGUUAAUUGAUGUUUAGCUUUCUCCCUAAACUAGCGCUCCAUGUCGGGAGGAAGCGCGUGGGAAGAGACUGGAAAUUAGUGCGCGUGCAGCUAUCCGGCAUGUUUUGGUUGUGAGUUUGAUUGAUUUGGUGUCGAGGUGACCAUGGCGGAGAGUUGAGGCUGGGGGAUUUGAGUUUUGAGUCCCUGAAAUUGGUGGAAGGAGAAUCGUAGGGAGGAAUUUGAGGGGCGUUUAGGGUUUCAGGGGUUCAAAUUUUGCAGCUGGAGUGGUUGCCGUGGAUGACGCGUAUGUGAAUUACGUGGUGCAUGCGUAAGAUAUCGCUGGAUUGAUGCUGUUGCAUUGUUUCACCUCAAGAAAGCAUCGUGCAGAUGGGGGAUUUGUGUGAUGCGCCCGCGGCACUUUUGUCGGUGUCGAGGCCACUGGAUUGUGGUUGUGGUGUGUUUCACUGCUUGCCCUCCUUCUUUAGAGGAAUUUUUGUGCUGGCGCUUGUGGAGAUUGUGUGUGCAUUUUAUUUCAUCAGCAAAUUGCUGGCAAGAAGAGCAAGCCAUCCGCGCUCCACCUCGUCAUUGGAAUUGAAAAGUGAAGCUGACUCCUUCAAUUUCAGCCUUCAGGGGGCUCUGUGGGUUUCACCGCUUCCUGAAGGAGACUUGAGCAAAGCUGUGUUACUCAAGCCCGGAAAAGACAAGAAGAAAGAGAAGGAAGACAAAGAUGGUUCCAAGGAGAGUGCGAAGCGGGUUGAGGCCACGAGAGAUGUGCCGGAAAUCACUCCUGUGUGGAGGCAUGUCGUUCUGAAGGAUGGAGUUCUGUUUAUGAAGGGAGCUGAUGGUGUUGAAGAACAAAUCUCACUUGAAAGCUGCGAAGUUUUGUCGGUCUCAUCCAGCUCACGUCCAGAUGGGAAAUGGGCAAGAAGGUUUCCUAUCAAGUUGUACCAUACUACUCGCACAAUAUAUCGCCAGUACAAAGGUUGCUUAUUCUAUGCUGAAUCAGGGUAUGAGAAGGAAGCCUGGUGUGAAGUUCUUCGAGCGACCGCUAGGGCAAAGGGCUAUGAUAAGGACUGGUAUUCUAGUGUGAAGAAGGAAUUCUUGGAAUAUACCAGUGCAGCUGAGAAGCACGUGCCUUAUCUGACCAGGUUUCACUCAACAACAAAAAUAAAUCAUCGUGUCGCCAAGCCUACGGAUGAGCAGUCAGAUGACCACAAGCAAUCGGACGAAGGUGUAUCGAAGAAACGUUUGAUUUUGAACAAACUCUUGCGACGUAAUGGUUCAAAGGGAAAAGACGUCAAAGAUUCCAAGGAUGAAGGAAACAGCAGGAAGGGGAAAGGAAAAAGUCUCGUCUCGGAUGACCAUGAGGAUAUCAAAAGUACAUCUAAUGGAAGCCAUUUGAGCAAUGAGAGCCAUACUCGAAGUGAAUCUACAUCUAGUGACAGCGAUGGAGACAAGUCGAUUUUGGCAGUUUCUCAGAAAGACAAUGAAGAAUCUGACGAGGUGCUUCCGUCACCCCUAGUACACGGUCAUGACAAUGUAAGGGAUGAGAAGGAGAUUGACCAAGGACAACUUUGUUUGAACAUGAUCGUAGGCAGACUCUUUUUUGAUUUCUACCACAGCAAAACACGGGUUAAAUGGUUACAAAACCAGUUCCAGAAAUUAAUUUCACGAAUUAAGACACCCAACUACAUCAAAUCCAUUACAAUCAAAGAACUUGAUCUUGGAAAAGAUCCUCCUUUCGCAACAGCACUUCGCAUGCUGCCUGCGGAUGCAGCUGGGGCUUUGGCUUUGGAAGUCGAUCUGGAAUGGCAAGGCGGAUGCUUCAUCACAAUUGAGACCCGAGUCGAUGUGCGGGAUCAAAUUGCACAAGAUAAAAUUGCUUCCCAAAUGGCGGAACCAGGGUCGGCAGGGGCUGCUGCUGCGGCAAUUGUAUCAGGCAUUGGGGAGGACCUUGGGACUCCAGGAUCAUCAGAUACGUCCGAAGUGGUGCAGGCUAGGCAAGCUAGUAUCGCCAAAAACUCUGGAGCAGGUGAUGACAGUAGCAAGAAGGGAGGAUGGAUGAACUCGGUGAAGUCCAUGAUGUCUCGUGUUGCUGUUCAGGUCUCUCAGGUGCCGCUUCUGCUGAAAAUCAGGUUGGUAUCAGUAAAAGGCACUUGCAUUGUAAGCUUGAGAGCACCACCUUCCGAUCGCUUAUGGUUUUCUUUCAAGGAGAUGCCAGAUAUCCAUCUCGAACCCGAGCCAUGUAUUGGUGAUCAUCGUAUCAACAGCGGGCUUUUGGGUAGCUAUAUUGCCAAUCAAAUAAAGGUGCAAAUUCGUGAGCAAGUCGUCAUGCCAUAUUGUCAAGACCUCUUUCUUCACUGGAUGAUGGCUACACAAGACGACUGGCUACCGCAAAGCGCCAUCCCUGUUGCGUUCGCUGCUGUAGAAGUUUCUGAAAAUGAGCGUCAAAUUUCAAAACAGAAUAUUGGUGUACAACCUAAACCGAUUGAAGAGAACAAUAAAAACGGCCAACCAACUCCUUGCACGCCGAGUGUCAAGAAUGAACAGACUGACAACGGACAACACAAUCUUCACACGCGUCAGAUUUCAGUUGCUUCUUCCGGCAGCGCUAGCUAUGGUUCUACUGUCUCGGAAUCGCCCCACAUACAGAGUUCUCCACUUGCACCGCUCAUCACACGGAUGCAAUCUCCUACAAUCCCUACCCCUGAAAGUAGUCUUCGAGAGACUGCAGCAUAUUGGAGCCAAUCACAAUUCAGACAUUCGUUUCCCACUCGCCCACCAGGAGCCUCAACACAUUCAUCAGCAGUUUCGUCAAUACGAGAUGUCGAUCAAUCCGACUUGACAAGACCUUCGCUGAAUCGCAAAGAGAACAGCAAAGACAAAUCUUUGGGUUCGAGUGCCGGUAGUGAAACAGCCUCGGGUGCAUCUGAUAGGGAGACGGCUGAACACUCAGAAGCCUCAUCUUCAAAAAGAGAGACGCAAAAUCCGUCGAACCAGUUCGUCAACCAGGAACAAGCUAAAGCAGAUCAGUCAACAGACUCAGAUUCAAGUGUGGCAGCAGCACGCACCAAGCUCAUUGCACUUAAGAAUAUGGUGGGGACCAAGUUUGACGAAAGCCGCCGCAGCGUUCUAGAAAAAUUGCAGGAGAAGAGAGCUAAGAGCGGUGACGCGAAGAGCCACCAUUGCCCAGGUACCGAUUAGAGGUACGUGAUGGUAUAAUGUGGUUGGAUACUCCAUCUUCAUGCUGUUUGUGGUGCUGAAAUUAGAUUUUCCAGCUCUAUACAACAGGAUAGAUAACCAUAGCAGCAUUCGUGUAAGCAUUUGUGCAAAGGAUGAUAUCUGCAGAGAGAAACAAAAGAAUUUAGGGACAUAGCUGUUGUGAGAUAGUGUGUAGUAGAGAUUUGCAGCGGGAGUAUGUAUACGACACCAUAUUUUCACAGUAGCACAUUGAAUCUAUGAGGCAAGUCCUUGAAAUAGUGACCAGUUGGACUAGUCAUCAACAACUUUACUAUCGCGAUGUACCAUUGGACAUAGUUCUGAUACGAGAGACAGCAUGUCUAUGCGGUAUACAUUAUGCUGUGUAUGAUUGGGUUUGCUAACUAUUUGGGAUUUGGUAAGACCGUAGAUAAACACAGCCAGAAUCAAGGCAAAGCAUGAGAGGUGCUAUGCAAGUUACUCAUGAGUAGUUGAUUUGGUGCAACCCUUAGCCGUGAGAGGAUGGUUACUGGAUUUCGGCCAUGCCACCGCUUUUGCUUUGCCACACUUCAAAUAAAUGUUGGAUGAACAUA